CAGCGGGCGCGCUCUGUCAGGUGGCGUCCAACAUGGCUUCCCCGUGCCGGCCGGAACCCGCGCCCGCGCAGGGCUGCUGAGCGCUUUCGGGGCGGCGGCGGUGGCGGCGGUACCAUCAUGCAGAAGAUCAAGUCGCUGAUGACCCGCCAGGGUCUAAGAAGUCCUCAGGAGAGUGUUCAUGACCUCAGCCCUAUUGAAAGCUUUCGGAUUCCUAGUAAGGAGGAGCUCAGAGAACUACGUGAAGAACCAACUGAUCCUCAAGCUCAGCAAGAAAUAAUUAACAGCAUUGAAGAAGUUUAUUUUUCCAAUGAUUCCUUUGAUAUUGUGAAGUAUGAGUUAGAGAGGCUUCCUCCAGUACUUAGUCUUCAAGAACUGGAAGAGUACAGAGACAAAUUAAAACAACAGCAAGCUGCUGUAUCUAAGAAAGUUGCAGACUUGAUUCUUGAAAAACAGCCUGCAUAUGUUCAGGAACUUGAACGUGUUACAUCAUUGCAGACUGGCCUUCAGUUAGCAGCUGUUAUUUGCACAAAUGGAAGAAGACACCUGAAUAUAGCAAAGGAAGGCUUCACACAAACUAGUUUGGGGCUUCUUGCAAAUCAAAGGAAGCGGCAGUUACUUAUUGGACUCCUGAAGUCUCUGAGAACAAUAAAAACACUGCAAAGAACUGAUGUGCGUUUGAGUGAGAUGUUGGAGGAAGAGGACUAUCCGGGAGCUAUUCAGCUGUGUUUGGAAUGCCAGAAGGCUGCCAGCACUUUCAAACACUACAGUUGUAUAAGUGAGUUGAAUUCAAAACUGCAAGACACCUUGGAACAAAUAGAGGAGCAAUUGGAUGUAGCACUCUCCAAAAUAUGCAAGAACUUUGAUAUAGGUCAUUAUACAAAGGUUCAGCAGGCUUACAGGCUGCUUGGAAAAACACAGACAGCAAUGGACCAAUUACACAUGCACUUCACUCAAGCCAUUCAUAACACUGUGUUUCAAGUAGUGCUUGGAUAUGUGGAGCUGUGUGCAGGAAACACAGACACCAAGUUUCAGAAGUUACAGUACAAAGACCUCUGCACACAUAUUACAUCAGACAGCUACAUUCCAUGCCUUGCUGAUCUCUGCAAAGCUCUCUGGGAAGUCAUGCUCAGUUACUACCGAACGAUGCAGUGGCAUGAAAAUCAUGACCCAGAUGAGGCAGCAGCUGUGUCUUCUGUUUCAGAUGGCAGCAAUGUGAUUGGAACUGAAGAGAACAGUUUUGACCGCAGCUAUGUAAAAAAGAAAUUGGAACAUGGGCUUUCACGAAUAUGGCAGGAUGUUCAACUGAAAGUGAAAACAUAUCUUCUGGGAACAGAUCUGUCUAACUUCAAAUAUGAUGACUUCAUAUUUGUACUUGAUGUUAUCAGCAGGUUGAUGCAAGUUGGAGAAGAAUUUUGUGGCAGUAAGUCUGAAGUUUUGCAAGAAUCUAUCAGAAAACAAAGUGUUAACUAUUUCAAAACAUACCACAGAACCCGUCUUGAAGAAUUAAGAAUGUUUUUGGAGAAUGAGACCUGGGAACUUUGUCCUGUUAAAUCAAGCUUUAGUAUUCUGCAGCUUCAUGAAUUUAAGUUCAUGGAGCAGUCACGUUCCCCGUCUGUGUCACCUAGUAAGCAGCCUGCUUCAGCAAUUUCAACAACAGUGACGUUAUUUGAACAGUACUGUAACGGAGGAAACCCCUUUGAAAUUCAGGCCGACAGCAAAGAUGAUGAGACAGAAGACGUGUUAGCUUCCAAUGGGUAUGAAUCGGAUGAGCAAGAAAAAAGUGGAUAUCAAGAGUAUGAUAGCGACAGUGAUGUUCCUGAGGAGUUGAAAAGAGAUUAUGUGGAUGAGCAGACAGGAGAUGCCCCUGUGAAAAGUGUUUCUCGAGAAACUCUGAGGAGCAGAAAGAGAUCGGAUUAUAACCUCAAUAAAGUGAAUGCACCUAUCCUAACAAAUACUACGCUGAAUGUAAUAAGGCUUGUUGGAAAAUACAUGCAGAUGAUGAAUAUUCUGAAACCAAUUGCAUUUGAUGUGAUCCACUUCAUGUCACAGCUCUUCGAUUACUAUCUGUAUGCAGUCUAUACGUUUUUUGGCCGAAAUGACACGUUUGAAUCAACAGGACUGGGCCUCAGUAGCAGCAGAUUACGCACCACACUGAACAGAAUCCAGGAGAGUCUGAUUGAUCUGGAGGUCUCUGCUGAUGCCACAGGCACUCUCACAGCUGCUGAAGAGAGAAAGGAGAAGGUGCCAAGCCCACAUCUCAGUCAUCUCGUAGUUUUGACAUCUGGCAAUUCGCUGUAUGGUUUGGCAGAGAGAGUGGUGGCCACGGAAUCCUUGGUAUUUCUGGCUGAGCAGUUUGAAUUUCUUCAGCCUCAUCUUGAUGCGGUGAUGCCAGCUGCCAAGAAGCCUUUUCUUCAGCAGUUCUAUUCCCAGACAGUGUCAACUGCUAGUGAACUACGUAAACCAGUUUAUUGGAUUGUUGCUGCUAAAGCUAUUGAUUAUGAACAAAUGCUGCUUCUCAUGGCUAAUGUGAAAUGGGAUGUGAAGGAAAUCAUGUCACAACACAAUAUAUAUGUAGAUGCUCUUUUAAAGGAAUUCGAAGAAUUUAACAGAAGGUUGAAUGAGGUGUCUAAGAGAGUCCGUAUUCCACUGCCAGUCUCCAACAUCCUUUGGGAGCACUGCAUACGCUUGGCCAAUAGAACUCUUGUGGAAGGUUAUGCCAAUGUGAAGAAGUGCAGCAAUGAAGGACGUGCCUUGAUGCAACUGGACUUUCAGCAGUUCUUAAUGAAACUAGAAAAGUUAACAGACAUCAGGCCUAUUCCAGAUAAAGAAUUUGUGGAGACCUACAUUAAAGCCUACUACCUGACAGAAAAUGACAUGGAACGCUGGAUAAAAGAACAUAGGGAAUAUUCCACUAAGCAGUUGACCAAUCUGGUGAAUGUUUGUCUGGGCUCCCACAUCAACAAAAAGGCAAGACAGAAGCUGCUAGCUGCUAUUGACGACAUAGACAGGCCUAAAAGAUAACUGGAGAAAGCUGCUGUCCUUGUGACUUGUACCUUUUUCUGUUCAUGUGAAGCAUGCAGACAAAUCUCUCAUGGACUAAUGACAACAUUCUCUUAAAAAACAUUGUGCAUGACCUUUCUUACCAGCAUUGGAGACGCUCUAAAGUGGCAUAAUGUUCUAAAAUAUGACUUUUCUAAUCUGUAGAAUUGUUUUCUGUUGUAUUUCUUUUCUUUUUUUUUUCUUUUGUUACUUGCCCUUAGUAAAGGGCCACUGUUUGUGUAUCAUUGGUGAGCUGUAUAUUUUGCAAAACUGUAUACUGUAAGUAAAAUCAAAAUCAGAGAGAAACACAUUGGCUUAAUAUAUAGUUGAUGCUCUUUUUUAAUAAAAGGGCUACUUGAAAAUAUGAUUUCUUUCCUCCAUGCUUUUAUCCUCAGAAAUUGUGCUUUAUUAUGGACCAGUGUAAAAUGAAAGGAAAUGUACAAUAUUUGAUCGAUGUAUCUUGCAUGUGGAUUAAGAGUGCAGAUCAACUAAAUACUCUCAUCUUAAAGCCUCUCAUCUUCAUAUGCAUUUAAAAAUGUCUGUUUAUUUCAGAAUUAAUUUAGUCAUAUCAAAAUUAUUGACUUCAGAUUAAUAGAAGGUAAUAAACACUGCACACUAGUAU